GAGUAAAUCCAAAGGUCAAGACCUCUUUGACCAGAUCAUGUAUCACAUAGAUCUGGUUGAGACAGACUACUUUGGAUUGCAGUUCAUGGACACAGAACAAGUCUCACACUGGCUGGAUAUGACAAAGCUUAUAAAGAAACAGAUCCGAGACGGGCCUCCAUACAGACUGUUCUUCAGAGUGAAAUUUUACUCUUCAGAGCCAAAUAACCUGCGCGAGGAAUUUACAAGGUAUCUGUUUGUGUUGCAGCUUCGACAAGAUAUUCUGUCCGGCAAAUUGAAAUGUCCCUAUGAUGUCUCAGUAGAGCUGGCGUCAUAUUGUUUACAAAGUGAGCUGGGAGACUGUGAUCCCUUGGAGCACUCUCCUGAGCUGGUGUCUGAGUUUCGUUUCAGUCCCAAACAGAGUGAGGCCAUGGAGGCGGACAUCUUCGGCAGGUGGUUGGAGCUCAGGGGAAAGAGUCCGUCUCAAGCAGAGAUUUCUUUUCUCAACAAAUGCAAGUGGCUGGAACUUUACGGAGUAGAUAUGCACUUUGUCAAGGGCAAAGAUGGAGGAGAAUACGCACUAGGUCUCACUCCUACUGGCAUCUUAGUGUUUGAAGGCUCCAACAAAAUCGGCCUCUUUUUUUGGCCCAAAAUCACUCGUCUGGACUUCAAAAAGAGUCGACUCACGUUGGUCGUGGUGGAGGACGAUGAUCAGGGUCGGGAGCAGGAGCACACGUUUGUGUUCCAGCUGGCCAGUUCCAAGACCUGUAAGUACACCUGUUGGGAAGUUGUGCCGUGGAAGAGCCACGCCUUCUUCCGGCUACGCCAACCGACCACGGGCAAGGCCAGCCGCAGCGACUUCACACGACUCGGGUCCCGCUUCAGAUUCAGUGGUAAGACGGAGUAUCAGGCCACUCAUGGAGGCAGACUGAGGAGAGCCAGCACAUUCGAGCGAAGGCCGAGCAAGAGAUACCCCUCCCGCACACACUCACUGGGCAAAGCUGCCAUUUCCCCAGCCAAGCCACCACAUAUCAGCUCUCGCGCCAGCCCUGAUCCCAGCCUACAUCCAUACCAGCACAACAUUCCUAUUGGUCACGAGCCCUGGCACCCUCCCCACCCAGCUCUCACACCCCCAGUUUACCUGCAGCCCUCCGGACACACGCCAUCACACAGUUUCCCUCUGAGUGGUCCUGCUUCAGACCAUCAGUUCAGCAUUGAAGAGAAUGAGACUUCGUAUUCUGGCAAGAUCCACCACCAUCACCGUCGCCACACACACAGCCAGGAAACGCUCUGCCACACACACACCAAGAACAAACGUCGAGCUCCUCCCUGCCCUGCAGAUGAGCUGGACAUAUCUCAGUCUCUGCUCAAGGCUCUGGAGUCAGACAGUGAUUCUCCCCCCUGGCCCUCACUGCACAUCAACAUGGACAACAAGGGAGAGGAGAAGCAGCUGUCUGAGAAGUCUCUGCACCCUCCCGCCUCCCCAGCGAUGCUCCCUGAGCAUCUCAAGUGUAACAUCCUCAAGGCCCAGAUGGAAGCGGCUUUCAGGAAGGAAGCUCCAACAACACCAAGAAUGAAGAACUCAAAUGAGACCCUCAAUGACAGGUAUCAGAGCUCGUCUCAAGACUCGGCUGCAUCCAGUCUGACUGCAGACAAGACGCCACAUCGGCAAGACCGCCACCCGACACCAGAGACACUGCAGUCCAAAUCCAACACAAGCACCACCCGCAGAAAACGACUGGUCAGACAGUUCAGCUUUAACCACGAAGAUGAAGAUAAUCUCCCAGAAGCACUUGCAGCCAUUUCCUCUCAGAGUACAGGAAAGUCAGGAUCUACCAGCUCAUUGGAUAAACAGAUACAGCCGUCCAUAUAUCCACAGGUGGAUAAUAUGCCAGCACUGGAGCUGAGUAGUCCAUGCUGUCCCUCUCCUUUGCCUUCUCCCCAUCUCUCCCCUUCUUACUACCGUAGCUCCAUUCCUCACCUGGUCCCAUACCUUGCUGCCCAUACUGGCAGCGGAGAGGAAAUAAGGUUGGACAGAGAGAAGAUACUGAGAGCCCUCCUGAUGACGGAGCUCUGAGACCAUGACCCUUGACCUCUGUAACAUCAUCGACAGGCACAGCAGAUCUUGCGUUAAAGUGGAAGCGGAAGACCCAAAGUCGUUGGCUGCAAUCAACAUUUGUAUAUUUGCAUAAUACGUUCAGCAGCUAUAAAUAUAUAUUUGCAUAAAGGGAAUUGUUAUAUUUGCUUAAUUGUUCUUUUAGAAGGACGAUUCUUUAUAUUCAUCCAACUGAAACUGUAAAAACUAUAAGUGAGAUAGAACAAAAUGGACUCACUGGCUAACUGACUGACUCACACAAAUUACAGACAAGCUACAGAUGUAACUGGUGCUGCCUGCAUGAUAAAUAUGUUACAUAAUGAAAUAUUUAUCUGAUUUGCUUUGGGAUUAUGUUAUAUGUGAUUUAAUCAAUACUGUGUCCAUGUUGAUGCCUAAACUGUGUUUCAGACAGCGACUGUUGAAGUAUUGUACACUUAAAAAAUCACAAGCAGAAGUGAAAGUCAGUUCACUUUCAAGUCAGUUUGUUCAAAAUGUAAAUGCACAUUGGCGAGCAUUGUAAAUGUUUACUUCCUUACUGUAUUUGUAUGUCAGAUAUCCAUUUUGACAUGAGAAGCUAUUUGCAGCAUUUGAGAGUUAAGAAACGUCCUGAACAGAGUGAAUUGAAAGUGAAGUCUGACUCUGUGUAGGAGAUGCUGGGACUGGAUUGUGCAGUCUCAAUCUACCCACUAGAAGGAGACAGAUCUGCAGUCACAGCUCCUGAGGCAGCUGAACACACUGAUCCCGUGUUGUCAUGAGGAACAGCUCAUGGAUCACUUUGCUAUUUUUCACACGCAGUUUGAGUUUUCACCAUGGAUCAAAUGCAAAACUGAACUCAAAAGUCAUAUUCUUGAAAAUUAGCUAUUGUUUAAGCAUAAUCCUGCUGCUCAACAAGUUUAUUUCUGCCCUUGUUUUGUCACAAUCACUG